UGUGUGUCAAAAAAAGAUGUUCUAAUUUCUUCAACUUCAGUCUUCACUCUAAGUCUAAACUUCAGAGAGCUUAAACCCUUGUCAAUGCCUGAUAUCAUAUAAUCGUUCAGUCCAUGGCGUCAUUGGUCUUCACAAUCAUCAAAAGGUACGGAAGCAUUACAGUAAACAGAAUUUCUUUGAGAUCAUUUUGCACUGAAAGUCUCUCUGUCAGCGGCACUGGCAUUAGAAGAAAUAGAAAAAAUCUAUUCUCGAGAAUCAGCCCCUUGGGGCUGCCUUCCAUCAGUGUCGUCCCUACUCUUGAGCAGUGGGUCGAAGAAGGCAGGACUAUCCAUCAGAAUGACCUUCGCUUCAUACUACGAGAGCUUCGCAACCGCAGGCGAUACAAUCAGGCCCUUGAGGUGUCUGAAUGGAUGAGUAGCAGGGAACUCAGCCCAUUUGCACCAUCUGACUAUGCUGUACAGUUAGAUCUGAUUGGUAAAGUUCGUGGUCUGGAUUCUGCUGAGAGUUACUUUAAUAGCCUAAGUGAUCAAGUCAAAGUUGACAAACUAUAUGGUGCUCUUUUGAAUUGUUAUGUAAGAGAAGGCAUGAUUGAUAAAUCUCUCUCACAUAUGAAGAAGAUGAAAGAGCUGGGCUUUGCUUCCUCUCCUCUUAGUUACAAUGACAUUAUGUGCCUCUAUUUACGCACAGGUGAACUCGAAAAAGUCCCUGAUGUGAUGUCUGAGAUGGAGAAGGAUGGUGUUAAACCUGACAUAUUUAGCUAUAGAGUUUGUAUGAACUCUUAUUGGUUGAGAUCCGAUCUAAAUAGCAUGGAGAAAGUUUUUGAAGAAAUGAAGAAGCAACCUCACAUCUCACUUGACUGGACUACUUAUGCUAUGGUGGCCAAUUUCUAUAUAAAAGCUGGUGACCGUGAUAAAGCAUUGUUUUCCCUUAUGAAAUGUGAAGAACUGGUUGAUAAAGAUGCUCUUGGCUACAACCAUCUGAUUUCACUUUAUGCCAGUCUUGGUAAUAAAGAACAGAUGAUGAGAUUGUGGGGGCUUCAAAAAGCCAAGUGUAAGAACCAAAUCAAUAGGGACUAUAGAACCAUGAUCAGUUUGCUUGUGAAGCUUGGGGAAUUUGAAGAAGCUGAAGUUUUGCUAAAGACGUGGGAGUCAUCUCAACAAUUUUAUGAUUUCCGAGUCCCGAAUAUCCUCAUCCUUGGAUAUUGUAAUAAAGGAUUGAUUGAAAAAGCAGAGGCAAUGCUUCAUGAAAUUAUUGAGAAAGGAAGAACUCCAACUCCGAAUAGCUGGGCCAUCAUUGCAGCAGCAUAUUUGGAUAGGCAGAACAUGGAAACAGCUUUUGAAUGCAUGAAGAAAGCAUUGGCAGUGCAAGCAGAAAAUAAAUUAUGGAGGCCCAAACCUCAAGUGAUUUCAAAGCUUUUGGAAUGGCUUGCAGAUAAAGGAGAUGUUGAAGAAGUAAAAGCUUUUGUGAUCUCACUGAAAACUGUAAUUCCAGUUAAUAGAUUGAUGUACCAUGCUUUGAUCAAGGCACAUUUAAAUGUUGGUAAAGAAGUGGAUUGGAUUUUGAAGAGUAUGAAAACAGAUAACAUAGAAGUGAAUGAGGAAACAGAGGAAAUCCUAAACUCAAGCCAAAAGUAAAACUGUUAUGGUGGCAUGAGAAGCUGUGUUGAGCUUUCAUGUGUUUUAUGAUUUUCACUUCAGUUCGUCAUCAUCAAGAGGAGAUAGACGAUGCUCCGUAUGCGCUUAAUUUUGGAGCAGAAGAACUGGAAAGUACAAUUUAAAUCUUUCCAUUGAGGAUUUUAUACGGAAAAUACUUGAGAAAGCUUUGGAAAUUCACUACUGCAACUCUAUUUUGUAAUAGGAGGGACCUGAAAUACAUGGCCUGAAGUAAAGUCUGAUUUUUCUUUUUGUUAAUUUUAAUAAUAAUAUUUAAGUGAGUUUUCUGAACCAAAUAUCAUAAUAUAAUUAAAUACCGAUGAUUCGUUGUGAAAGA